AUGAGUGAUGAAUCAACUGAGGUAGCUAAGGUGGCUGAAUCCAAGUUAAUGGAUUCCAGUCACCUCUAUUAUCUUCAUUCAUCAGAUUUCCCUGGUAUGAAUCUGGUGAAUUUCACUUUUGAUGGCAAAGGGUAUGGAGGCUGGCGUAGGUCAGUUCUCAUUGCUUUAUCAGCCAAAAAUAAAAUAGGUUUUAUAGAUGGCACAUGUAAAGAACUUGCUAUUGAUUCCACAGAUCACAAAUUGUGGAGUAGGUGUAAUGACAUGGUGUUGUCUUGGCUCUUAAAUUCACUUUCAAAAGAAAUUUCUGAUAGUGUCAUAUACUCAAAAACUGCCAAAGCUUUAUGGACAGACCUUGAAGAAAGGUUUGGUCAAUCAAAUGGGGCUAAAUUAUACCAUCUCCAAAAGGAACUAAGUGAUUUAGUUCAGGGAUCUAAUGAUAUAGCAACAUAUUUUACCAAGUUGAAGAAACUUUGGGAUGAACUAGACACUCUUAAUGCUGACAUAAACUGUGGAUGUAAUUGUAGCUGUGGAGGAAAGGAUAAACUGACCAAAUCUAUACAAGAUGAGAGACUUAUGCAUUUUCUGAUGGGUCUAAAUGAUUCAUAUGCAUCAGUUAGAGGAAAUAUGUUGAUUAUCUCACCUCUCCCUAAUGUGAAUGUGGCCUAUUCUAUCUUAAUUCAAGAUGAAAAACAAAGGGAGUAUAACCAGAAACAUGGAAACUAUGAGCAAAAAGGGAAAGGGAAGUUUGAUACAAGAAAGAACAACCUGAUUUGCUCACAUUGCAAGAAACCUGGUCAUAGUAUAGACAAGUGUUAUAGGAUUGUGGGCUUCCCUGCAGAUUUUAAAUUCACAAAGACAAGGAGAAAUCAGACUUUGGCACAUAGUAAUGCAAAGGUUAAAGUUAGCCAAUCAGGUCCUACAAGUUCAUAUGCAGAAGUUGUUGCCAACAGUGUAGUGUGCUCUGCAAUAUAA